AAAAUCUACUUGUUUUCCAUGGAAAACAUUUUCCUUCAUACCAAACACACCCUAUGUCUUUUUCCCCCAUUUAGAAAAAGGUGGAGAUGGAAAAAGGUAAACCAUUUGGACAAAUCUCUUAUCCUAAUAAUAACAAAGCUACUCAAGAGGAGAUAUCAAAACUGCAAGGCUCUUAGUCAACUCAUACAAAUGGCUUAUGCUGCUCUUUCUUCAUUUAUGAACUCAUUGGAACAACUCUUGAAACCUAAUCAAUCUUUGGUUUGUCGAAGCUGUACACAACAACAUAUCGAAUCUCUCUAUCAAAAACUUUCUGCUCUGCAAGUUUUCCUUGACAAUACGACAAAGGAUAUUGAAACUGUUAAGGUUCUAGAAAAGAGGAUCAGAAAUAUAGUAUACAAAGCAGAAGAUAGAGUUGAUUCAUGUCUAAGAAAGAUCAUUCUAGCAGAUCGCGAGGACAAGCGGCAAAAGGCUUGUACAUCUUUUUAUCAAGAAUUGUUAAAAGUGGAAGAACAAGUUUAUUUUCUCAACAAAGAGGUGAUGCAGAUCGAGUUUAACAACCAUGGAAGCAAAUCUGCAGAAUUAGCAAGAAUUUCCUCCUCAUUAGAAAAAAGUACAAUUGAGGAAAAUACUGUUGUUGGGAUGGAGGAUGACUUCAACACCAUACUUGAUCGCGUCACUGCCCAAACAGACGAGUUAACUGUCAUACCAAUUUUUGGUAUGGGUGGUAUAGGUAAGACAACUCUUGCCAGAAAAGCUUAUGAUGAUUCAUAUAUUCAGUCUCGAUUUGAUAAACAUGCAUGGGUCACUAUCUCCCAAAAAUACAAUGAGAGACAAAUGCUUCUUGAAGUUGCCUCUUCAAUUACUACUGGAAGCAAUAAAUAUAUGAGUGACGAUCAACUAAUGGAGUUUGUGUAUAGAGGUCUGAAGGGUAGGAGAUUUCUAAUUGUCAUAGAUGAUAUUUGGAGUACUGAGGCAUGGGACCAAAUGAAAAGAAUAUUUCCAAAUGACAACAAUAAAAGCCGAAUUCUGUUAACCACACGGCUCAAGUGUGUUGCAGGUUAUGCCAGCAGCCCAGAUUUUCCGCCUCAUAGUAAGUCCUUUCUAAGUGUUGAUGAUAGUUGGAAUCUAUUCAACGAAAAAUUAUUCAAACAAGAUCAUUGUCCUCCUCUACUAGAAGAAACAGGGAAGCAUAUUGUACAGCAAUGUCGAGGAUUACCUCUCUCGGUUGUUGUUGUUGCUGGACUUCUUGGAAAAAUGGACCCAACGUAUGAUAAUUGGAAGAACGUUGAGAAAAAUCUGAACUCAUUCUUUGGUACAGUAUCCGAACAGUGCCAAUCAAUUCUUUCUUUGAGCUAUAGUUACUUGCCCCAAUAUUUGAGGGCUUGUUUUCUCUACGUUGGAGGUUUUCCGGAAGAUAAAGAGAUUGAUGUUUCUAAAUUGAUUGAGCUAUGGAUUGCUGAGCAAUUUGUAAAGGCAAGAAGCAAUAAAAGUUUAGAAGUGGUGGCGGAGGAGUAUCUAGAAGAGUUAAUUGAUAGAAGUCUAAUUUUGACCGGUAGACAAAGGGCUAAUGAAUGGAACAAAACUUGCAAAAUUCACGAUCUUCUUCGCCAAUUAUGUCUAAGAGAAGCGCAUACUGAAAAUGUUGUGCAUAUCAUGAAUUGGAAUGUCACCAUGUCCUCAGAAGCCAUAAAUGAUCAACGGCGAGUGAUCGUUUCUGAACAUCAAGAGAGGCAAGUUUAUUCUAGAAGGCAUAGCAGUGGUAUUACAAGUAUAACCCGCACCUUUAUUUCAAUGCAAUAUUUUGGUUUAAAUUUUCCAAAGGGAAUUUGCUCCUUUGUUUCACAGCUCAAGUUGCUUAAGGUGUUGGAUGUAUCAUCAAUUCAAUACGAUUUCUCUUGUGUGAUACCUCAGCUUGUACAUUUGAGAUAUGUUGCUGCAAGAAUUAAGGAAGCUAUUUCACUUGCAAAAUUGAGAAAUCUACAGACCAUAAUUCUUGCAAAUGUUGAAAGGACAGAGUUGAAGCAUCCACUAGAUAUCUGGACAAUGACAGAGAUACGACAUUUGGAUAUUGAAUCGCCACUACAUAUAUCUAAUCCUUGUGUGUCAGAAAACAAUAGUAUUGGAGAACAGCCUUUAUUUCUCAAUAACAUGCAAACACUUACUCUCCACUUCUCUCCUUUUGCUGCGGAAAUCAUAAGAAGAACUCCCAAUCUGAAAUAUCUAAAGAUUAUAGAUUAUUGGCCUUCUAUUCUUGAUGGGCCUCCUGUUCUUGAUUCUCUGAUUCUUUUAGAGGAGCUGGAGAUGCUAGACAUAGAGCUGUCGACCAUUGGCCCAGUUACUUUCCCUAGGGAUAUUUUCCCUUCUAAUCUCAAGAAGUUGAGAUUAUCAUAUACUAGAAUACCAUGGGAAGCUAUGAAUUUGCUGGCUAAUUUACCCAAUCUUGAGGUGCUCAAAUUGGAUUAUGCAUUUGCCGGAACAGAUUGGAAAGUAGAUGAAGAUGUUGUGUUUCAUAAAUUAAAGUAUCUACAAAUUGCGUCCGAUUGUCUAGAAAGAUGGGAAAUUGGUAGUGAUAAUUUUCCAAUGCUUGAGCAACUAUUGUUGUAUGGAAUGAAUAAACUGGAAGAGAUUCCGGAGAGUAUUGGAGAGAUAAUGACACUAAAUUUGAUCCAAUUAGACCAUUGCAGCUCUGGUGUGGUGAUUAGUGCAAAGAAAAUUCAACAAGAGCAACAAAGCUUAGGAAAUUAUGAGCUUCAAGUUCAAAUUAAAAGUAAUUACGGCGUUGUUAAAGGCAUUCCAGUUCUAGUGGAAAAAUAUGCUGGUGUUUACAUUGAAUAAACUAAUCUUUUUUUCUUGUUCUUCGUAAUCAGAUUUGUAUUCGGAUCUCAUAAAUAUUACAAAGAAUUCUGCAGGAUAUAUGUUGUAUUCGAUGAAA